AUUGCCUCUCGGCCGACCAGCCAGGCGCACUGGAAGAGGAGCUGACGUGGCAACGUUGUUUCUGAGGUGGUAGUACACGUGUCAAACGACGGCGCAAACGACACACCGGGUCGGUCUUGGGCCCAUCUUGAUUAUAGCCUCGGCGUGUGUGUGUGAGAGAGAGAGAGAGAGAGAGAGAGAGAGAGAGAGAGAGAGAGAGAAGGCAACUCUGUGGGAAGGAGGAGAGGCGAAGGGAGGAGAAGGGAGGAUGAGGAAGUGAAGGAGAGGAGGAGAGAAGAGGUGCAAUUACUGAGUCGUCGUCGUCGUUUUCUGGGUUAAGAACUACUGAGGGCUAGGUCCCACUUGCACGAAUUAAGAGAUACUGACCGUAGAUAGCAAAGAUCAACGACUGCAAUCUCCUAAUUUGCGCAAGUGUGAUCUUGGGCUAAAGCAGUAGGAGGAGGAGGAGGAGGGAGGAGUGGACGGUGAAGAUGACCAGCAGCGCCGCCGCCGCCGCCGCCGCCGCCGUCCACGCGGCGGCCGCCAGGCCGCUGCCCGCUGCAGUUGCUGCCACGUCAUCGGCGCUUUCGGCGGCGGACUCGCGAUGCAAGGGCGUAGCUUGGCGCGCAGUAUGCCCGGCUUCUUCGGCUUCGCCGUCUGAACGGUGCUUGGAAGCUGUGAAAGGGUCUGACACGCUCAGCAGCGCGGCGUGUUCUGGGUGUGCCACGUGGCCACUUCUGCCUAAUCGCCACAUCAGACGGAGAAGAAGGACUCUGCGCAGCAGCAGCAGCUCCGUGGUGGUCCCGCAAGCCUCUUUCACGUCUUAUCCGGACUAUGCUGACUCAGCAGGCUCUCGUGGAGCAGGGAUAAGGUCAGAGUCCACGUGGACUCCGAUGGUUUCCCACCUAAAUGACGUUUGGUCAAUCAGCCAAAUUGACUGUCCUCCCAACUCGUACACGGGGCCGGUGGCACAAGGGCAGGGGCCGCCGCCAAUGCUGCAAGAGAGGUUUCAGAGUGUCAUCAGUCAGCUUUUCCAAUAUAGGAUCAUAAGAUGUGGAGGGGCCGUUGAUGAUGACAUGGCCAAUCUGAUUGUGGCUCAGUUGCUAUAUUUAGAUGCUGUCGACCCGAAGAAGGCAAGAGUCGUGUCUCAGAGGCAGGAGUCACAGUCCACAGUGAAAACCAUGUGUCAUAAUCGAAAAGUCGAGACUCAAAAAGGCCCAAGCAGCAGCACACAAAUGAAAAUUCGGAUGGUUCCAGGUAUGGCAAUUUUUGAUACCAUGAGACAUAUCAGGCCUGACGUCAGCACAGUCUGUGUCGGUCUGGCUGCGAGUAUGGGAGCGUUUCUUCUCAGCGGUGGAACCAAAGGCAAGCGGUACAGCCUACCAAACUCUAGGAUCAUGAUUCAUCAACCGCUGGGAGGUGCUCAAGGACAGCAGACAGAUAUUGAAAUCCAGGCGAAUGAAAUUCUUCACCAUAAAGCCAAUUUGAACGGGUACUUGGCGUACCAUACGGGCCAACCCCUAGAGAAGAUCGUCCAAGAUACGGAUCGCGACUUCUUCAUGAGCGCCAAGGAGGCAGUUGAGUACGGAUUGAUUGACCAGGUGAUCAGUAAUCCAUUGAAGGCACUCCAGCUGUCGGCAGCGGCGCCGCCAGCUCCAGCGGCGGCAGCUUCGUAGAGAGGUCGUUGAAAGUUCGUAGAAAGUUCGUAGCAAAGUUCGUGAGAAGGUUCAGCAAGAGUACCGUGAAGAGUUGUUGCGUUUCUUCUUGACGUUGCGGAUGAUCACCGUACUACUCUCCCAUUUGGGAUAUGGAUAUGUAAUGUGCCAUAUAUAAGUCUCACUUCAAGAAGUGCAAUCGAUGACGUUUGUUUUCUCUGUCACAAAGUGUUUUUUUUUUUUUUUUUUUUUUUUUUUUUUUUUUUUUUUUUUUUUUUUUUUUUUUUUUUUUUUU